CUCGGGAAGGGAGGGUAUUUCCGGCAAUUCGCUAAACAUAGCUCGCCCCGCCGGACAAGUCGCUGCCUUGCAUUUCACGCCCGGCGAAGACAUCGAUUCCAUCCCAACACCAAAUUGACCAUUUUUGUGCCGCUCCACCACCACCGAGGGCUCCAUCUCCGCCGCUGCGAUCUCUCCGAUGGCUCAGGCCAAGCGACACGGCAUGAUCCUCCUCCUCCUCCUCCUCCUCCUCACCUCCCUCCUCAUCUCCCCCUCCACCGCCGAGAUCAAAACCCUAACCAUCUCCUCCGACUCUCGCUCCAUGAUCCUCUUCGAGAAGUUCGGCUUCACCUACCGCGGCAAGGCAUCUGUCUCCGUCUCCGCCGUCAACGUCGCCUCCUCCUCCUCCGCCGCCGCCGCCGCCACCCCUGACCCCUCCCGCCUCGGCUUCUUCCUCCUCUCCGAGGAGUCCCUCCUCCAGAUCGUCCUCGAGUUCCGGGAAAACCCUAACUUCUGCGUCCUCGACUCCCAGUACAUCCUCUUUCUCUUCAACUUCCGUGACCUCUCUCCUCCGCCUCACGCCUCCUUCAACCAAUCCUACCCCGUCAUCUCUCCCAAUGAAUACUCCCUCUACUUCGCCAAUUGCGUCCCGGACACCAGCGUCUCCAUGAACGUCCACACCGAGCUCUUCAAUCUCGACAGCGAUGACUCCAAAGAUUACCUCUCCGCCGGUUCGACGCAGCUCCCUUCUCUUUACUUCCUGUUCUCGCUUUCUUAUUUCGGUUUCCUGGGCUUUUGGAUCUAUUAUUGCUACCAUAAUAAGCGAUCGGUGCACCGGAUCCAUCUCUUGAUGGCGGGGUUGCUUCUGAUGAAGGCGCUGAAUCUGAUUUGUGCUGCCGAGGAUAAGCAUUAUGUUAAGGUCACGGGCACGCCUCACGGUUGGGACGUGUUGUUCUACAUGUUUCAGUUCAUUCGCGUGGUGUUGUUGUUUACCGUGAUAGUGUUGAUCGGCACGGGCUGGUCGUUUCUGAAGCCCUUCUUGCAAGAGAAGGAGAAGAAGGUGUUGAUGAUUGUGAUUCCCCUUCAGGUGUUGGCAAAUUUGGCUUCGGUUGUCAUCGGAGAGACAGGGCCUUUCAUCAAGGAUUGGGUGACUUGGAAUCAGGUGUUCUUGCUGGUGGAUAUAAUCUGCUGCUGCGCAAUUAUUUUCCCGAUUGUGUGGUCUAUCAGGUCUUUGAGGGAGACCUCAAAGACUGAUGGCAAGGCUGCUAGGAACUUGGCGAAGCUACAGUUGUUUAGGCAGUUUUAUGUUGUGGUGAUUGGAUACUUGUAUUUUACGAGAAUUGUGGUGUUCGCCUUGAGGACGAUUGCCGCAUAUAAGUAUCAGUGGGUGAGCAAUGCAGCCGAAGAGAUUGCCAGCCUGGCUUUCUAUACUGUGAUGUUUUAUAUGUUCAGGCCUCUGGAGAGGAAUGAGUACUUUGUUCUUGAUGAGGAGGAGGAAAAGGAAGCAGAAAUGGCCCUCCGCGAUGAAGAGUUCGACCUUUGAACUGAAAAUGUCGGAGGAUUUUUACCUGCUGCUGAUGCUAAUGGCAUGAUACGUAGAGAACUGGAUGAUUCAAUUUUGAACCAUUACUGUAACAUCAGGUCUGGUGCUACUGCUCCUGUUAAUCCUUUUUAUUCCAUUCUACACUUUUGACUUUCCUGCUUAAGUAUAUUGGAUUCAACAGUUGCUUUUAUCUCUAACUGGUGGAAUGUUCACAUCAUUCCCUUAUGAGAUCUAGACUCUAGACUCUAGACAUAGAGAUCAUGUUCUCCCUGUGGUUUAUUCUCUUGGAAUGAGCUCAAUUGGGUCUUUAUUCACUUCAGUCAUGUUUCAAAUUUUCUUGUUUGUUCUUGAUGUAAGACAAACUUACAGGGAAUUAGGCAAGGAAUGUCUUUGGGUUUUCUACUGUAUCCUUUUCAUGCAUCCAAUGCUUUGCAAA